UUCGUCACCUCUAAAUCCGCUUUGCUUUGUUUUUACCUCCAAAAAAUGUCGUCAACUGCAACUUCCACCCAAGACUCUUACUCAAUGGGCUGGGUAACUUGUUAUCGUAAAGACCCACCUGAAGAGAUGCAGACCUCGCGUGGAAUGCUUCCUGUGUGCUACUGUCAUUAACCUAUGGUGAUCUACAUUGCAAAUACUGUAGAGAAUCAGGGGCGUAGGUUUUGGAAGUGUCGCAAUUGGCAGAAAGCAAGGAAAUGUAACUUGUUGAUUUGGGAUGAUGAACUUGGUCCUUCUACGAGACCUUUUGUUACAGUGUCAGCUACUCCAUCAAAUGCAUCAAUUGAGCAGCCAAGAAAAGAGUCGUCGAAAGCGGUGGUCGAAGAAGUUAAGCAGGGAAUGUCAAAUGUGGAGACUAGAUCAGAGAAGUGUAACUGUGCAGAGACUUUGCAGGGAAUGUGGGACGGGAAGAAAGAAAAAAUGAAGAUGAAAUUGGUGCAACAAAAGAAGAAAUUUGACUGGUUGAAGUUGUUUGUUAUAGUUAGCUGGGUGUUCUUUGUGGUAUGUUAUGCAAAGAAGUAGUGAGUUAAGUGGAGAAGUUGGAAUAGGAUUAGUAAUGUGUUUGUGGUAAUGUAAUGUGUUUGGGAUUUAGAAAACAAUGUGUUUGUG